AUGGUCCGGUACUCGAAGUUAGCAUUUCGUGAACUAGUUCGCCUCUAUGAUGUGGACUGUUGCUACACUCCAAUGAUCUACGCGAAGAACUUUUUGGAAUCAGAAUACUGCCGAUCAAACGAUUUGGUUUUGAAGUUACUUUCUAAAUGUCUCUGUGAUCGCCCACUGAUCGUCCAGUUCGCAUCAGAUGACCCAUCGAUUUUCGCUGCUGCCGCCGAGCUGGUCUAUAAAUACUGCUCGGGAGUUGAUCUCAAUUGUGGUUGUCCAAAAGGUGACGUUAGAGCCAAAGGAUUUGGUAGUUUCCUUUUGAACAAGCCCGACCUUUUGGCAGAUAUCGUUAGGCAGUGUAGAGCGAGAAUAUCAGAUCCUGAGUUCACGAUUUCGCUGAAAAUUCGUGUGCAGUACCCUUUGGAUCGAACCGUGGAUUUGUGUAGAAAGGCUGAGAAGGCUGGUGUUUCCCAUCUUACUGUACAUGGACGAACGCAUCUGAUGCGAUGUGAACCUGUGGACUACGAAGCAAUUCGGAUCGUGAAGGAAUCUGUGGGUGUGCCAGUCGUUGCAAAUGGAGAUAUUACCAAACUCGAGCAGGCUAUAGAAAUAGCGAAGAAGACAGGGGUUGACGGAGUUAUGGCGGCUAAUGGACUCCUCUACAACCCUGCCAUGUUCGCCGGCUAUGAUUACACUCCAGCCAGUUGCGUACGUGAUUUUUUACGGCUAUCUGCUGACCACGGACUACAGCUACACUUAUUUCAUCAACAUCUAAUCUAUAUGUUACGAGGUCUGUUAACUCCUGCUCAGCGACGUGUCUUUCAUGAACUAUCAAGUCGUCCUGCUAUUGAAGACUAUUUGAAUACUGUUUUGAUGAUAAACGAGAUUGACUAUGUGUUAUCCACGGUGGGUUGCUUCACAACGAAAACGAAGCCGAAGUUCAGAAUUGAUAAGUUAGUGAUUUUACCUUUUCCUGGAAGAACUUAA